AUGUUGGAUGUAGGAUGUGGAAGUGGAACAUUGUCAACGCAAACCUUCACGUCGUAUUUUGAAUCAAUACUGGGGAUUGAUAUUAGCGAAGCUAAAAUCGAGGAAGCAAAAAGACUGAAUAAAUGUGGGAACGUUGUUUUCGAAUUGAUUGAUGGUUAUGAUUUUUCUGUGGAAGACAAUAGUGUUGAUCUCAUCACUUUCGCCACUUCUAUUCAUUUUCUUGAUCUAAAAUUACUUGAAAAAGAAUGUGAACGAGUUUUGAAACCUGGCGGUUGUUGUGCUGCCUAUGCAAUUAAUCGGGGAGAUAUCACAGGUUUCAGCGUUGAAGGAACUGAUUGGAGACAAAAGAGGCUUUUACUCAAUUUGAUUGUUGAAGACUUCUAUGUCAAUAUAAAAGCACAUCCUAAUAAUUUUGCGGCACUUAGACGAAAUCAACAAGUUUUUGAUCAAAUUCAAAAUUCAUCUAAAAUAAAGCUUCAAGAAAUUGUACGUGAAAGAGAAAUGACGCUUCUUCACUCAAAAUGUUUUCAGCAACUGUGGGUGACUAUGUCGUUUUUAUGA